AUGGCAGAUAACAAGAGAAUCGAUAGAGUAGGCUCCGAGGAGGGGAAAUCAGAGAGACCAGGCUGGUCUUAUACAAAGGUGAUUGAGCCAAGUAAGAUGACAUAUGAAGAUGGAAAUGGUAUCUGGCACCAGAUUUAUAUGCCCCAGGGUACCUUCAGCAAAGCUGCAAAGCAUAUCCAGAAGAAAGAAUGGAGCGAACUGGCGAAGUUUCAGCCCUGGGAUAACCAGAAAGUCACUGAAGAUGACUAUAUUUAUACGUGGAUUAACGAUGAGACUGGUGAACCUGAGGAGAUCGACGAAAGGGAGAGAGCAGCGCCGGAUAUUACCAAGGAGCAAGAGGAGUUAUCGAAAUCAAGAUCCCAUAAGCCUUUGUCUCACCUCUAG